UGUAAGUACCACCAUGUGGUCCAGUUUUCCCUGGUUUGGGUGGCAUGUGAUCGCAAGUGUAUACUUCCCAUUUACAGGCCCUUAUCUAAAUAUGGGUCCUAUAACUAAGGCCACUGUGUCUGUUAUCAAGUUUGUCCUCUGGGUGAAGGAUUCAUGGAUCUUUAAUUUCCUCUGGAUGGCAGGUACAUGGAUUCAGAGCUAUCACACACUAACUGCAUGUUUUUGGAGUUACUUUAAUAAUGGUACCUACUGUGAGGAAAUGACACGGGGGGAAACUUUCUCCCAACCUUUUAACCAUCUUUUUGGGUCUGCGCCACCAGUUUUCGAAGGGUUAAGAUCCACUUUAAGUGCUAAUGAUAUCAUACAAUGGGUGGUGUUGCUGAUAUGCCUGUUAUGUUUAGCACUCAGAGAUAAGAGAAGAUUAACCUGGAUAACUACCCUGACACCUACACCAGAGACUAGGGGUGCUGCUGCAGAGCCUGACACUACCCCAGAGACUGGAGAUGCUGCUGCUCCAGAGCCUGACCCUGCCCCACAGCCUGCCUCAGAAACGAACCACCCAGAUUGGGUGAGGGUGCUGGUUAAGGAGAUGCAGGAGAUGCAAGCGAUGCUGAAGGAGUGCAUUUCACCAGCUGGUUCCAACUGAACCACAAAGGCAGUCACAGCCAGCAGCAGUUGCCCCGGUAGAAACAAGGAGGUCUAAGAUGAAAGCAGAGCACCCAGAUAGAGAUAGGAAUGGAGGAACCUCACAACCCACAGGGGAGCCAGAAGUUGCGAUCAUCACCGAGUCCCUGAUGUACGAAAGUCUCCGUAAUCUGCACAAAGACAUUGUGCGACGAGGGCGUGAGGCUUAUACUACCUGGCUACUCCGGGUCUGGGACCUUAUGGGUACAGGCGUGCAGCUGGACGGUGGUGAGGCAAGGAACUUGGGACCCUUAACCCAGGACUCAGGUAUGAAUCAGAUUUUUGUAAGGGAGCCAGGAUCCCUUUCUCUCUGGGAGCGGCUUUUAAUGAGUGUCAGAGAGAGGUUUGUCCACAGGGAGAGAAUGCAGGAGCACCACCAUAGAAUGCGUUGGAAGACCCUGGAGGAAGGGAUCCAACAGUUAAGGGAAGUGGCAGUAUUAGAGGUACUCUUUGGGAGGGAUGGACAACAUAAUAAUGACCCCGACAAGGUCAGGUGCACAGGGCAAAUGCUGUGGAGUCUGGCAAAUCUGGGGCCAUCUCAGUACACCACUUUCAUUGCAACAAUUGAUGCUGACACUAACCGAGAGACAGUGGGCUCUGUUGCCAACAAACUUAGGAAUUAUGAGAGUAUGAUUAAUGGCCCAAUGCAGGCUCAUAUCUCAGCUGUGAUUAAGGAGUUCAAAGAAGAGAUGAGGGAGGAAAUGAGGAAGGUUAAUGCAGCACCCGUACGAGUCACAGGCCCCAAAGUCAGAGCCCAACAUUCCCCAGCUAGAGAGAGAGGGUACACCCCAAGGGCUAAUCUGUGGUUCUUCCUGCGUGACCACGGAGAAGACAUGGGGAGGUGGGAUGGGAAACCCACUUCUGUCCUGGCAGCACGGGUCCGUCAACUCAAGGAGGGAAACUCUAACCGGGGGAGUUCCACCAAGGUGAAGGUAGCCUCAACCUCCCAUGACCAAGCUUUUAGGUACGAUCUGUCAGAUCCCCUUGAAGGGACCUCUAAAAACCCGUCUGCAGUAGGACUCCUGAGGGUGGAAGAGCAACUCGUGCCAAUUGCGACCUCGACAGUGCACCGCCGGCAGUAUCGGACGCAUCGAGAUGCCGUGAUCCCCAUCCACAGAAUGAUUCAAUGGAGAUUGACUGUGGACUAUCGUGCCUUGAAUGAAGUGACUCCACCGCUGAGCGCCGCUGUUCCGGAUAUGCUGGAACUCCAGUACGAGCUGGAGUCCAAGACAGCGAAAUGCAAGAAGGAAACACAAGCUUUCUUAGGUGCCAUAGGUUUUUGGAGGAUGCACAUUCCCGAGUAUAGCCCGAUUGUAGAUCAGGCAGCGAGAAUAGAAGUGUCAAAGAUAGACUUAGAUUGGCACCAUAAGGGGGAGUUGUUCCUGGCUCGAUGGGCUCACGAUGCCUCGGGUCAUCAGGGCAGAGAUGCCACCUACAAGUGGGCACGAGACCGAGGGGUGGAUCUAACCAUGGACAGUAUUUCUCAGGUUAUCCACGACUGUGAGACGUGUGCUGCCAUCAAACAGGCCAAGCGGGUGAAGCCCCUGUGA